UUUAGCAGUCAACAUAAUUACAUCGCUUCCAUUUACCAUGGCGGCAUUGAAAAUGAUGGCUUUUUCUUCAACGUGCUCAACUAAAGCGAUUUCUCUUCUCCAUUUUUCUCCAAACCUAACAAAGAAGUAUUCUAUCAGUGCAUCUAGAUUUGACAGAAAAUGUUUGCCUUUUACGGAACCGAUCUCUCACAAUUAUCCAGUUUUCACCAUUAAAGUUAGCAGAAAUAACACUGAAGAAGCUGAAGAAUAUUCAAGUAUGGCAUUCAGAUCAAGCGCGUAUCCUCCAGAAAUCACUGUAACUGCCAGAAUUGUUCAGCUCCUCAAUCUACCAUUAAGGAUGAUUCCACUGAUAGUUGCCAUCGGUACACUACCUUGGAGGCAUGGUGAAAAGGGAACAUGGUGUACAAUGGGUGUUCUUGUUUCAAUAUGGAUUUCAAGGUAUUUGAAGAUAUUAAUCAACCAACCACGUCCUACCUCAGCCCUUGGUUUAAGAGCUGACCCUGGAAUGCCAUCUUCACAUGCACAAUGUUUUUUAUAUAUCACAACUUAUGGUGCUCUAACAUUGAUUGAUUCACAAGGUCUACAUCUAUCUACCUUUGGGCUUGGAGUUUUAAUCAUUUCAUUUGGAGCAUUUGUGGCAUGGACACGAAUACUAGAAGGAGUACAUACAUAUGCUCAAGCUAUGGUGGGUGGAAUUUUAGGUUCUCUCUUUGCAAUUAGUUGGCAUUAUUUGUGGAAAAUUGUCGAGUUGAAGUAUCUACCUGCUUUUAUUAGAGUUCGCAUACUCCUCCAUGUGGGUGUGCUUAUUAUCCUUUUAAAAAUAUCAAUAGACAAUAAAGAAACUAAAAUAUGAGAAUGAUUUCAUAAUAAUUUUUGUAUCAAUGUAAGUUAUGCAUCAUUUAUGUUUAUUGAAAUUGUUAUCUUUACACAUAUGGUCAUUGUAACAUGGCAAUAAUUUUGACAAUUUAAGAUGGAUUACUAUUUUUAUGAAA